UUGAGAUUUGCACGUCGAGAAUCCAGAGAAUAUGACCCACAAAUAUAUGUGAAUAUCUACGAACUCACAAGGCAAAGACCUUUCCAUGCUCUUUUUUCUGGUCUCAUCAAUUUCAACGUAUUUUUUCUUCUUCUUCUUUGAAUCCUAAUCCAAAACCCAUCUUUUCACACCAUUCUUCUUGACUCAAUAUUUAAUUUUCAUUCACAAUUGUGUAUCUUUAUUACACAUUCUACAGGGCUGCUUUAACUUCGUUGAAUCUCUCCUUCCUCUGAUUAUCAUUAUCCAUUUUCAUCACCAUCAAGUUUCAUUUUUUCCUACAAUUUCCCGCUUAUUUUCUCGAGAAAAUAUCUGGGUCAUGGUUGUUUUUUUUAUGGGUGUUUCUCUUUACCGUUCCGGAAAACAUUACCAUUUCUGGGUCUGUCUAGUUAUGGAGAAUCUUAUCCUAUAGGCCUCGUCAUCAUCAUUUAUUUUUUUUCUUCCUUCCUUUUUAAGCUUCAAUGUUUCUACAUAUUAUACCUUCUCAUCUCAUUCUCCCAAAAAAAUAAAUUCUGGGUUUUGAUUAAUUUUUGUGGGUUUUUUUUUGGUGGAAAAAUUCCAAGAUGGGAGGAUGUUGUAGUAGUAAGCAUAAUCGUAGGCGUGGAGGGUAUUUUGGGGAUGAUUUUUUUGAGGAGAAGGCAUAUGAAGAUGAUGAUGAAGAAGAUGAUAUGAGAUAUGGUGAAAAGGGUGCUCGAAUAAGGCUUCGAGGCUCUUCUACAUACACAUCAAUGUACACCCAACAAGGCAGGAAAGGGAUCAAUCAAGACGCCAUGACCAUUUGGGAGAACUUUACGGGUGAGAAAGAUAUGGUGUUGUGCGGUGUGUUUGAUGGGCAUGGUCCCUACGGUCACAAGGUGGCACGGCAUGUGCGUGAUAAUUUGGCCACAAAGCUCUCCAAAGUCAUUGACCAGUCAAAAUUCAAUAGCUGCAAGUAUGGUGACGUGGAUUUGGCUGCUGAUAGAGACUUGAAUAAUAAUACCAGUGAUGACAACAACAAAGACAAAGAUAGUCAUGGCAACGACGACAACAACUCUAAUGUCGUUUUGUCCCUUUCUUCUUGGGAAGCUUGUUUGAUUAAAUCUUUCAAGGAAAUGGAUGAAGAUCUUAGUCUUGAUUCCACCAUUGAUAGCUUCUGCAGUGGUUCCACUGCUGUUACUGUUGUCAAACAGGGUGACAACUUGAUAAUUGCCAACCUGGGGGACUCGCGUGCAAUUCUUGGGACAAGAGGGGACAGAAAUCAACUCAUAACGGUUCCACUCACAGUAGACUUAAAACCAGAUAUUCCAAGUGAGGCUGAAAGAAUCAAGAAGUGCAAAGGUAGAGUAUUUGCAGCUGAUGAAGAACCAGAUGUUUGUAGAAUAUGGAUGCCUGAGGAUGAUUGCCCUGGUCUUGCAAUGGCCAGGGCUUUUGGUGAUUUUUGUCUCAAAGAUUAUGGCCUUAUCUCUAUUCCUGAUGUCUCUUAUAGAAGACUCACACCCAAUGAUCAAUUUGUCGUUUUGGCCACUGAUGGGAUUUGGGAUGCAUUGACAAACAGUGAGGUGGUGAAGAUAGUAGGGUCAGCCAAAAAGAGAUCAUCAGCAGCUAAAAUGGUGGUGAACAGAGCAGUUCGAUCAUGGAGAUGCAAGUAUCCAGGCUCCAGGGUCGAUGACUGUGCUGUCGUUAUCUUAUUCUUCAACGACCAACCAUCCUUGUUACUCAACAAGUCCUACUCAUCUUCUUCUUCCAUUUCUAGGCCAAGUAGUACUCAUCGCAACCACUACCAUCUCUCACUCUCUCAAAGCUUCAAAUCCUUCACCAGCUGCGACGCUGCUCCAGCCGAUGAUGAUGAUGAUCAAGAUCACGAUCACGAACAUCAUCAUGAUCGAGUGGGGUAUGAUCAUAGUAGCAGUAUGAGAAUUUGCUCACCAUCAUCAUCACAAGAUCAUAACCAUAAUAAUCAAGAAUGGUAUGCCCUUGAAGGAGUGAGUCGAGUCAAUUCCAUUGUGAGGCUCCCUCGGUUCUUGAGUUUUGGCAAACGUUCCACUACUUCUGCUACUUCUACCGAUUAUCAUGCGGUUCAAUCUUCUUAGUUACUUUAUAAAUCACUUCAUAUGAAAAACCCCUAAAGAAUUCACACAUAAAUUUUGUGUUUAGAUAUCUUGAUAAUUAUACUUGUUUUCUUUCCUUUGAUAAUUAUGUAUAAAGAAAAUGUCUCAAUUAAA